AUGGUUCGAAAAAAGGCUAAAAGUAAACGUAUGACUUGUUCUAGACGUUACAGAAUUGAGCACAAAAUUGCCGAACAUCGAAGAAAAGAAAGAAAAGAGGCUAAAAAUAAUCCUAAAAAACAUAAAUUAAAAAAAGAUCCUGGAAUUCCAAACUUAUGGCCUUUAAAAGAUCAGCUCUUGAAUAAAAUCGAACAGCAUAAAAAAAAGUUAGAAGAUGAAAAAACACGACAAAAAAAAGCACGCGAUACUUUAUUCAAUAAAAACCGUAAUUUAGGUUUUUCAUCAAUUGCUGAAGAUGCAUCUAAGCGUAAUGAAGCUUUUGAUAAUGCCGCAAUUGGUAAAAAAGAUAAUACACAAAAAGCUUAUUAUAAAGCAUUGCGUAGUGUAAUUGAUGCUGCUGACGUUAUAUUAGAAGUUUUGGAUGCUCGUGAUCCAUUAGGAUGUAGAGCAAAAGAAAUUGAAGAAAUGAUUAUUAAUAAUAAAAACCUUGCUCAAUGGUUGGAAUAUCUUCGUAAAGAAUAUCCAACUAUUGCAUUCAAGUCAUCUACACAAACACAACGUAAAAACCUUGGAGCUGACACGCUUGUCAAGUUAUUAAAAAAUUAUUCUCGAAAUUUAGAUAUUAAAACUUCAAUUACUGUUGGAGUAAUUGGGUUUCCUAAUGUUGGAAAAUCUUCAUUGAUAAAUUCGUUAAAGAGGGCUAAAGUUUGUGGUGUCGGUGCUAGUCCGGGUUCCACCAAAUCAAUGCAAGAAAUUCACCUUGAUAAAAAUAUAAAAUUGUUGGAUUGUCCUGGCAUUGUGUUUACUAAUAAUGAUCGAUCAAAAAAAAAUAAGUAUGAGGAAAUAUUGUUAAGAAAUUUUAUUAAAAUUGAAUUAUUGGAUAAUCCAAUUCCACCUGUUGAAUUGAUUGUUUCCAGGUUUUCUAAACAACUUAUGGCUCGAUACAAUGUUCCAAUAUUUAAAGAUACAGAUGAAUUUCUUAUAUUUGUUGCUCGUCAAACUGGCAGAUUGAAACGUGGCGGUAUUCCAGAUCUUGAAUCUGCAGCAAAAUUAGUUUUACAAGAUUGGAAUUCUGGUAAAAUACCUUAUUUUACCACACCACCCCCAUCAAUUAAAUCUGACACAAUUCUUGAUACUCAAAUUGUUUCUACAUGGAAAUUUACCACAUCAAAAGAUAGAUAUGAUAUUAAGAUCGUUAACGGAGAGGAAGAUAUACCCCCGUAG